CGCGUCACAGGUCGCAGGCGCGUCAUAAUAUUGUCGCAGGCGUGUUCCUCUGGGCGCUCGAUAAUUUCGUCCUCCUCUGCUUUCUUAUUCCCGCUCUUUUUCGACUCUGGCUUGUUCAGUGCUCCGUGCUGGCCUCGCGCCAACGCAAACAGCCCUUUGGGUUCUUCACCCGGGGAAGUCGCAAGCGUGCGCCCACGUAUCCUCCGCCGGACAUUCACACUCCGUCGAUUGCAACAGAAGCCCAUAACCCUGCUCCGUCCGGUAGCGGAAGUUCCGCGAUGGCAGCGGAACAAGAGCUGUCACCGCCCUCCAAGGCCAAUCUCAAAGCUUGGUGGAAUCACUUCACGUUUGCUCAGCGGGCCAAGAAAGAUGCGGAAGAACACAAAGGGCCCCAGGAUUCGCGUGUGUUUGGGAAGCCAUUGCGAGAGAGUCUGAAAUACGCUAGUGUGCAGAUCUCGACUGCCAACGCUAACGGGGAAUUGUACGUGUGGGGUUACAUACCGGUUGUCGUUGCGAAGUGUGGUCUCUAUCUCAAGGAGAAUGCAACGGAAGUAGAGGGGACAUUCCGAGUGAACGGAUCGAACAAGCGGAUGAGGGAGCUGCAAGCGAUCUUCGAGACACCACCUCGGUAUGGCAAGAAUCUGGACUGGAAGAAGGAGCAUUACACGACUCACGAUGUCGCAAGUGUCUUUCGGAGAUACUUGACUCAGAUGCCUGAACCCGUCAUUCCUCACGACAUGUACCAUGAUUUCCGGGACGCACUAGCGAAGAAACCUCUAAAUCAAGAGGAGGUAAUCGCGAAGUACAAGAAGCUCAUUCAGCAGAUGCCUCGCGCGAACCAGUACCUCCUCCUAUAUGUCCUUGACCUUUUAUCAGUCUUCGCUCGGAAGUCCGACAAGAAUUUGAUGACGGCUCAGAAUCUGGCGGUAAUCUUCCGGCCGGGACUCAUCAAUCAUCCUGAUCACGAGCUGUCGCCCAAGGAGCAUCAGCUCAGUCAGGAUGUCCUGGAAUUCCUCAUUGCGCAUCAGGAUUGGUUUAUCCUGGAUAUCCCACCUCCUCCAGAUUCUGCAUCUCCCGGUGCACCUGGCUCGCCUGCAUCAGAAGAAGAUAUCGCGGUAGUACCGAGCUCGGACGAUGAUCAGUCAUAUGUGGGUGGAGGCUGGAGGUUAGUAGGGAAGGACAAGAGAUUGAAAGUGCAGAGACGUCGGACUACAACCGAGCGAACCGAUCUAGUGGCGAAGAGUCCUGAACGGGGACUCGCACCAGUAUCGGAGUCGCCGACACUUGGAGAGGGCGCUGGGGCAAGCGUUACCCGGAGUCGAACUUUACCAUCGACUCGCUCGAGAGUCAGCGCAGAUUCUUCGAGUCUCCCUCUUACACCUCCGCCAGAAGACGACCGAGGGCGCUCGGGCAAGCUCAAGAAACAGCGCCGCUCGUCUGCUGUUCCGGGAUCAAGCCCCAGACCAGGGUCUCUAGCUCCCAGCGAAGCGUCCGGUGGUGGUGGCGGGUCGACAUAGGUUGUAACUUUCUAUCUAUUAUCUUCUAUACCCUGCUCUCGCGUCUUCUGCGCCUUGUAUAUCCCCAUAUUCUUACUGCGACCAUCUUCGUCUAUUUUGAUUUCAGCGUAGAGUAGCUGCAUUGCUGUUUUGAUAUCGCGCUCCCUUCUCCCUACUUGCGCAUCUAUUCCCUAAAGAGUGUGGACCAUCUGCUGUAUCGUAGUGAACCGUCUGAAUUAGCCAGUUGUCGUGGUUUGUAGGGAUUGAUCAUUUUUUCUUCAGAUAUAAAUGCAACCCCCA